AACAUUUGCCCUAUAAAUUCACGCGGUCGUCUUUGUUUCGUAUUGAAAGUUGAAAGGAGAGCGGUUAAGUCAAUAACCUGACUGAGUUCCCUGUACGGUUGCCGGUGAUGGAGGGCACCGCCGCUCCCGAGAUUGGUGCUGCCGCCCCCGAAGUAGGAGGAGUAGAUGCAUGCGAUGCCGUCGCUUCCGUCGCCGACUGCGGCAGCGGGGACGACGCACUGCCGAUGGUAGGCGAGGGAGAAGCAACUGGUGGUCGUGGCGGCAAAGAUAGAGUUAAGGGACCUUGGUCUCCUGAAGAGGAUGCGAUACUCAGCCGCCUUGUGAGCAAGUUUGGUGCCAGGAAUUGGAGCUUGAUUGCUCGGGGAAUCGCUGGGCGAUCUGGAAAGUCUUGCCGUCUUAGGUGGUGUAAUCAACUCGACCCUUCCGUGAAACGCAAGCCAUUUACUGAUGAGGAGGAUAGGAUCAUUGUAGCGGCCCAUGCUGUACAUGGAAAUAAGUGGGCAGCGAUUGCUCGGCUCUUGCCUGGGAGAACUGAUAAUGCUAUAAAGAAUCACUGGAAUUCCACUUUACGACGUCGAUGCACUGAGCUUGAAAGAAUCAAGUUAGAGUCUGGGAACGUAGUGGAUGAUGCUAGUUUAGAAAAAACUAAGGGAUCAUCUGAAGAAACCCUUUCAUGUGGAGAUGUGAAUUCCUUUAAAUCCAUGGAUGGAAAGGACACUUGCUCGCGAGAGCAUUUGGAUGAUCAAUAUGAAGACAAGGUCCCUAUUUUCGUUGAGGGCCAAUUUUCUCAUGAAGUCAAUGAACAACCAACACUUUUCAGGCCAGUGGCUCGAGUAAGUGCUUUUAGUGUAUAUAACCCUUUGGAUGGCCAAGGAUCUUUGAGGCCAUUUUUACGACCUGUUCCAAUGCAAGGGCCAUUGAUUCAAGUGUCAAAACCAGAUGUUGAAGCUAGCAAAUUUCUUGAAGGGGUUUAUGGUGAUCGAUCAGUGCCUCAUCAGUGUGGUCAUGGUUGUUGCAAGAGCCAUAACCAGGGAUCUCCUAUAGAAUCUUUAUUAGGGCCAGAAUUUGUGGACUUCUCAGAGCCUCCGCCAUCCUUCCCCAGUUUUGAACUAGCUGCAAUUGCAACUGACAUAAGUAACCUUGCUUGGCUGAAAAGUGGAUUGGAGAAUGGCAGUGUUAGAGCAAUGGGAGAUUCGGCUGGAAGAUUAAAUGGUUCUCAGAUGCAAAUGGGGCAUUUAUGAGAACUGGGGAAUAACAGGCUAGCUACUAGCGUCUAGCAGAUAAGAUUUAUUUUAACAAGGAUUGUUUAUGCGAUCCCCACAGACUACAAGAUUUGACCUGAAUUUUAUGGCACCGAUGGGACACACUGGAUGGAGUUUACUGGAUCUGUACUUUGUUUUGUGAUUAGUUAGUUUCACCCUUUCCCACCUGUACAGCUUGUCUCGGCUGCUAGGAAUCAUGGAUAAGAGGGAAGUAAAGCAACCCUCAUGUCUAAGUUUCCCAAGUCCCUUUUCUUAUUUUUGUUUCUGACCACAAACUCUUGAGUUAAAUGUUGAAUUUUGUGGUGUUGAGAGGGCUAAAACUUUGUCCGCAACAUAGUACCAAGUUUCUUGUAACAUUAUUCCAGCGGAUGAGCAUUCCUGGAUUCUUUUUUGAUAAGUGUACAAUGGAAAGGUAUGAUUCUCUUACCUCAGUUGCAUAUGCUUGUUCUUAAGGUGCACUGGGAACUGGGAUUCAGUUCAGCUUUUGUAUUUUAAUGGAUGUAGCUUAUGUAUUAUACGUAUAACCCGAGUCUUCGGAUCA